UGAAAUUAUUACGAACUGGAGGAUAAGUAACCGGAGGGAUCUGAGCUCUCUCUAAAACUGCCCCCGCGCUCGUCUUUACGGGAACACAUUUACAGACAUCAAAACCCAAAAUGAAACCUUUGAACUCUCAGACACAGACACAGACGCAGACGCACAGGCCCACGAGGCCACGAGUGCACACUGAUACAUUGGUGAGUGACCAAAAGACUCCGGAGGCGAAGGUUUCCUCGGUGGAGAGUGGGAGGAUGAUGAGUGGGCCUCUCGUGGAGACGAGGUCCUCUGAAAGGAAGGGUUCGGUGGUGCUUCGGAGGUCCGACCUGGGGCACCUUGUUCUCAGGCUGCUGUGCAUGUUGACCUCGGUGGCUGCCCUGUCGUUUAUGGUCACGGCCAAGGAGGCUAGUACCGUCUCUAUCUAUGGCUUCCAACUCCCCGUUUACUCCAAGUGGUCUUUCUCUCACUCCUUCGAGUAUGUAGUUGUAAUUUCAGCAGCUGUUGCAGCUCACUCCUUGCUGCAGCUACUCAUUAGCUCGUCAAGCCUGCUGAGGAAGUCAUCAGUGAUACUCUCAAGGAACCAUGCAUGGCUUAUUUUUGCUGCGGAUCAGGUGAAGUACUGUCGCUCUCUCUCUCUCUCUGUGGGUAAGGCACUUGCGUAUGCCAUGUUGAGUGCUGCAUCAGCUGCAACAGGGGUGACCAACUUGAAUCGCACAGGAAUCCGGCAUACAGCUUUACCAAACUUCUGUAAGCCUUUGCAUAGCUUCUGUGACCAUGUCGCCAUCUCAAUAGCCUUCACUUUCUUCAGCUGCAUCUUGCUUGCCGCGUCUGCUGUCCAGGAUGUAAUAUGGCUGUCCAAUAACUGAAUCACCUCGAUUCUCCACACACUCGAUCGGUGUUGUUAUGCAUCCUUUGUAAAAUAUAUGGCUUCUAGGAAAUAGUGUCUACAUCCUUGUUGCUUCAAAAUGAUCAAUGUUUUCGUACUUGAAAACUAUAUAUUGUAGUCGAGGGCACACUUGGUGCUCUUUGUGAGGAAGGAGAUCAUGGCUACUCAGUCAGUACUUAAGCGACGGGAAAUAGUGUCUACAUCAUGCCAAAAGGAUUGUGAUGAUGAAAUUGGUAUGGCAUGGCAUGAAUCCAGUUUGUGGAAUUGGAAGACGGAAAAUCGCACCUCGAUAUUAUAAAUAACUUUGAGACUUUAGCCUUUAAUGCCGAUUCAGCCCAUUCAUGUCUAACAUGAGUUGCUGAUCAUCGUCGCACUUUCGGAAAAGACCAAGCUGCACAUAUCAUAAUUACUUGCAGAUCAUCAGGACCUGAGGUACGGUAUUAUCCGUUAGAGCAAAUUUCCCACGCACUUUGCGGAACAUUAGCGUGGUACAACCUCGUAUCUCUUUUACGGAAAUUAGAAGCGAGAUAAGGGCGCAUACCUGAUUUUUCAUUAAAUAACUUUAAUCCAAUAAUGCCUUAAUAAUUUAAAGAUCGAGCUCAUUUUACUUUAUGAGAAUGCUAAGUCCUUUUUCUUUUUUGCAAACCUUUAUGAGAAAAAAUUAACUAUACUUCAAUUAAUGUACUUUUUUUCUCACAUUUAUGAGAAAGAAUUGUGUACUUCAAUUCCUGUUUGGCCGUCAUACCCAUGCAUGAUCAUCCGGCUUCAGAUUCUGUAUUGAAUUAAUGGAUGAUAUUGGUAGUGGCAAAUAAAGAAAUAUAUCUCCUCCGUUCAAUUUUUUAACUGGAAUUAAGUUAUUAUCGAGUUAUUUCGUUUCCAUAAUUACUUUGUUUCUUCCACAAUCUUAAUGAAUUAUGAUGCAUUAAAAGAGUUAAAACGCUCGAUUAAUUAUGUGGAUUAAUGAAAUCUCCACAGAAGCCCAUAACUUCAAUAUUCAUUUAUUGCUGUUCAUUCAAUGUCACAAAGGAAACCCAUUCUAUAAAUUGGGUUCUGCAUUCAAGAGAGGAAGACAUCAGUACCGAAACUAGCUAGAGAAGAGAUCAAACAGCCAGCAUGAUGAGAAGAGUUGUAGUGGUGUAUUUAGCUAUGCUUGUGCUAGUGGUAGCGCGAGCUCAUCAAGAGAAAGAGUCUUCUUCCUCGACAGGACAAGCACCAAUCGCUUCUGUCGCUUCCCUACCUGGAGACGAGGGCAAGACACCUCCAGGCUCUGAUUGUGUUGAUACGUGUCCUACACAGUGUUGGCUGUUAAAACAUAUCCCAAAGCAUUAUGAGGCUUGUUUAGAACUUUGUAAGAAACAUUGCAAUGACGGCCAUGUCACAGAUGCCAUCUUUGCUUGUACCUUUGCUUGUGCUGACUCCAUGCCCAUCAGGCAGCUUGCCUCAGAUCAUGCAGUUGGAGGAAAUGUGGAAGAAGCCUGCUUCGAAAAGUGCAAGAAGAAUCGUUAGCAUGUACUGCUAGCUGUAAAACAUUUACUUGUAAUAAAACUUUAAACGAUGAGAUGGAUCUAAUAUAAAUGUUAUUUAAUGCUUCCAAUAGUACUGUGGAAGAUGCUUGGAAUUAAAAGUUUUAAAUCGUCUGCUAUUUGGCUAUCAAUGAAUUCCUUGUUAAUUAUUCGAGUGAA